AACAGCUCGGCACGGCACGGCACGGACAACAUCCCGGGAAUAGAGGCAUAACAGGGAUAGAGGCUUGACGGGGGACAGCGAGGACAGACAGCCUGCAGAGAGGAAGGAGAGAGGCCUCAUCAUCAGCAGCAUCAUACUUUUGUUUCUCUCCAGAAGACAGGACGGGGGAGUGCGCCCACCGUGUUGCGGGUGUAUGUGCGUGCGUUUGUCUCCCGGUUUGGAUCACGAUGAUGCAAAGUGCGGCGGUCCUACCGACAGAGAGUCCUGUAAAGAGUUUACCGGAGAUUCUCGGAGUGCCACUGCAACAGAUCCCUCAGUGUGCCGGCUGUAGUCAGCACAUCCUGGACAAGUUCAUCCUGAAGGUGCUGGACAGACACUGGCACUCCAAGUGCCUCAAGUGCGCCGACUGUCAGACUCCGCUGGCGGACAAAUGUUUCUCCCGGGCAGGAAGCGUCUACUGCAAAGAGGAUUUUUUCAAGCGUUUUGGAACAAAAUGUGCAUCAUGCCAACAGGGGAUCCCUCCGACGCAGGUUGUGCGGAAGGCACAGGACUUUGUGUAUCACCUGCACUGCUUCGCCUGCAUCAUGUGCAGCCGGCAACUGGCCACCGGGGACGAGUUUUACCUCAUGGAGGAUGGGAGGCUGGUGUGCAAGGUGGAUUAUGAGACUGCAAAACAAAACGAUGAUUCAGAGGCGGGGACCAAGCGACCGAGGACCACCAUCACGGCCAAGCAGCUAGAGACCCUCAAAAGUGCCUACAAAAACUCGCCGAAGCCGGCACGCCAUGUCAGAGAGCAGCUGUCCUCGGAGACGGGGCUGGACAUGAGAGUAGUGCAGGUGUGGUUCCAGAACCGACGAGCAAAGGAAAAGCGCCUGAAGAAAGAUGCAGGUCGACAUCGCUGGACUCAGUUUUACAAAAGUGUUAAACGCAGCAGAGGAGGAACUAAAGUAGAGAAGGAAAGCUCGGCCGACGACGCAGGACUCAGUGACAGUGAACUCAGCUUCAGAGACGACCAGGUCCUGUCAGAUCUCGGCCACACCAACGGGCUUUACGGGAGUGUCGGUGAUGUGACCAACAGUGCAGUUCUGAACGGCGGCUUCUCUGUCGACGCAGCAGGACAACCCUACCACGACAUCCGAGCAGGAAGCCCCUACGGUCUCCCUCAGUCGCCCUCCUCCAUCGCCUCUCUGCCCGGCCACACCCCUCUCCUCAACAAUCUGGGCUUCAGCAUGGACAGUCUGGUGGCGCAGGGCGGGCCGGGCGGCGUGGGACAGGCUCUGAGGGCCAUGGCAGGGGGCCCCACCUCAGACCUCUCCACAGGCAGCAGUACGGGAUACCCCGACUUCCCCACCAGCCCUGCGUCAUGGCUGGACGAGAUGGACCAUUCCCAAUUUUGAAUCUAGAACACGACAGAAGAUCGCUGUGGGGAUAAAACAGACUCACAAGGCUUUUUACAUUUCUUUCUUUCACCCUCCAAGACUGGUACGUUUUGUGACUUUGGGUGAAGAGGAGAAGGAAGAGAAGAAAUGUGUGACUCCCUCAGCAGUCGUGACGGUGAGAAAACAACCGGGUCCAGAUGUGUAGUUCGGACAAAAGCAGUGAAGAACACCUCCACACCGCUGAAUGUUCAAAAUCAACACUGUAUCAUACAAUUUUUGGUAUCACCUGACUUUAUUUUGUUCUUUCACUCUGAGAAUGAGACUCUGUGGAUUAAUGCUCACAGGGGAGGUGAUACUGUCGCCCCCAAAAUAAACCAUCCCUGUCUAACAGCUACAACAAUAGGGCUACAAUCUAGGUCAAAGUCCCUAUGAGACCCAGGAGGCACCUGCAUGCUUCUGAUUCAUGAUGAGUAGGACUGCUGUCUGGCCAUAUCAAAGCCUUUUACAUUGGCGAUGCACUUUACUCUCCUCUUCUUUUUCUACACACAUGGACAGGAAUGCAGAGAGAGGACGAGAGAGAAAAAGAGGAGAGACAUAUGCACAAGGCAAAAACACAGUGUUUCAUUGGGAGAGAAAUUUACAAGAACAGUGGCACAAGUGUGAAUUUUGAACCAUGCUGAUGUUUUUUAAAUGUAUUGCUGAAGCUUACAAGUUAUUAGGAAGUAGAUGGCCGUUGGUCUGUCUGUCCGUCUGUCCGUAGAAACCGAUGUCUCCUCUGUUUGAAUGAGGGCGAACUCUGUUUGCUACACAGCAGGUCUCUCUUCUAUAUUUAUAGGUGCUUGACUUGUUCUUGUCUGUGUAAAAGCUGCCUGAGAGCGGACGUCCGUCAGUAUUAAAUGAUCUGUUUCCAGACUCGCCAGGCAUCAAAGCUCAAGUGUUGGAGGACAGUCAAGAAGUUUAGGGUUCUGGAGAAAUUUGACUCAAGUUAAUAUAUCACACGUCUAAAUUAUUAUUAAUUUAUUUUUUUGAAUGCACAGAUGUAAGACGAGCGGAUGUCCAUUAAUAAGAUAUGCAGAUUCCUUUGCAGAUGUUAUAAAUUAGAUGGUUAUGCAACAUUAAUUUGACAUUCAAAACACCAACAAGUAUUAGCAGGAGUAAAAAGUCCCUUUGUGUUGGCUCCCCCUGUUUCCUCAGUCUGCUCCAGGCUUCUCUUGGUAAUCUACUCAGUCCAGCAGAGCUCUAGCUUUGCCUGCUAUCAACCUACUUACUGACCCCAGAUGUGUUGUCAAUCUGUUCUCCCUCUGCCUGGCCUCCAUGUCAGAGGGAUUACCACAGAGCCCCCCACUAUCACCCUACUGUCGCUUCAGUGCUGGCAUGACUGCUGGGCUGAUAUGUUUCUUACAGUUCAGGCCACAUCAGCUUAAAGCCCCCCCCC